CCUCUUUUCUUUCCUUCAUUUCUCUCUUCCUCUUUCUCUCCUUUCAAAAAAAAAACCAUCAUGUCGAUUUUACGACAGCAACCACCGCCAACCAGUUUUCCAGAGAAAAUGGCUAGUGUAGCCUCCAUCAAUGAUGGUUUAUACCCGGUCUCUUUAACCUCACCCCCCGCCGCGGACGGUAAACGACCUCAGCGCGACUCCGCUCAAAGUACGUCCAUGGAAGAACCUAUCACACCUGAUAAAGAGGUUAACGAAUGGCGAGAUCCACUCUAUCAUCCCGUCCCCACUCCCAAACGUUCCUUCACAACCUCGGUUGUAUCCGAAACUGAGUCCAACCUGACCGUCGAAACCGAACUGAAACGGCAUUCCACCAUUGAACGCCAUGACCCCGAUGAUUCGCACAUCCACACUUCUUCUUCAGGCACCCGAAAAUCCAGCAGUAUCCGAUCCUUGGGGCGUCAUAACACCACCGGUCACGCUUUCCAUGCAUCUGCCCAUAAACAAAUGCGCAUCUCGGAAGAGUUUGAAAAAGAAUUAUCGGCCCGACGAAAAGCGUUUCGCCGCCUGUCUCGACGACGACCUCACGACAACGAAGUGGACGAGGAUCGAGUGCUCAUAGGCACUCGCAUCGCCGAAGGACAUCAAAACUACGUUCUCAUGUACAACAUGCUGACAGGCAUCCGAAUUGCCGUUGGUCGAGUAUCGGCCAAAAUCGACCGUCCAUUGACAGACGAAGAUUUUACGGCUGCACAUAAACUGGCUUUUGAUGUGACAGGUGAUGAAUUAACGCCCGGUGCCAAGUAUGAUUUUAAAUUCAAGGACUAUGCUCCAUGGGUUUUCCGACAUUUGCGCGAAAAAUUCGGUAUUGAUCCUGCGGAUUACUUGAUUUCUUUGACGAGUAAAUAUAUUCUUUCCGAACUGGCUUCCGCAGGAAAAAGUGGCAGCUUUUUCUACUAUUCGCGCGAUUACCGAUUUAUCAUUAAAACCAUCCACCAUACGGAACAUAAAUUUAUGCGUAAAAUUCUAAAGCAAUACCAUGAUCACGUCAGUACGAAUCCAAAUACUUUACUCUGUCGAUACUACGGUUUGCAUCGUGUUAAAUUACCCCAUGGAAGAAAAAUUCACUUUGUGGUCAUGGGCAACGUGUUUCCACCCAAUAAAGACGUCCACGAGACAUAUGACCUUAAGGGCUCCACGGUGGGAAGAUUCCUGCCUGAAGAAGAAAUUCGAAAGAACCCGUAUGCUGUCAUGAAAGAUCUCAACUGGGUCAAGCGAGAAAAGAAAUUGCAGCUGGGUCCUCGAAAACGUAAAAUGUUUAUCAGCCAACUGAUCCGCGAUGUCAAGCUUUUGAUUCGUUUGAAUAUUAUGGAUUACAGUUUGCUUAUCGGUGUGCAUGACAUGUUGCGCGGUAACAAAGACAACGUGCGCGAUUCCACAUUGCACUUUUUCCAGCCCGAUACCAAACGUGUAGAACGAAGAGCGACUCUCAAAAUGCAUCGUCAAAGCAAAGCGCAAGUGGUACGCAAAGCCAUUGCCCAGGCGAAUCCCGAUCCAAUGGAUGUUUCAGAGCUGCCAGAAGAUCCCUUUGAAGAGCGUCGCAACUGCGUGUUUUAUUCAGACGAUGGUGGGUUCCAAGCAACGGACGAGCAAGACCGUCCAUCAGCGAUGCUGUAUUUCAUGGGCAUUAUCGAUAUAUUGACGCCAUAUGAUAUGAAGAAAAAGUCGGAGCAUUUCUUCAAAUCGAUGACUCAGGACAAGAAUGCCAUUUCAUCCGUGCGACCGUCUCACUAUGGAGACCGAUUCAUGGGUUUCAUGGCGCAAACGUUGGAACACAGCGAAGACGUCCCUCAUGAAUAUCAACUCAGUAAUGAAGGUCGCCGCUAACGAAAAACAACCGGAAAAAAAAUACCUUGUAUUCUAGACUUUCGAUGCAUCCAUAUACACUUUUUUCUUAAUUCACUCAUAUCUUUUCAUCCCUCUUUCUCCCGUUUCCCUUUUUCUUACUCUUCCCAUCUAUACAUAUCCGCUUGGUUUUAUCUAUCAUACCCUAAAAUAAAAAGAAUUUGCGU